UCUCCCUUGCUGUACCACAUUCACCACCAUCCAUGCGAUCCCGAGAGCCUUGAUGACUCUAGAAGAGAUUCCAGGCAGGAGAAGCUGAAAGGACCUUUCAUUCCCUACUUUUGGCCAGGGUCUUCUGUACCACCUGCCAAGGUUAGCAGGUAAAGUGGGAGGAUGAGGGCAUGGAGAAAGGGUGGACACAGACCAGAGCGCAAAAUUCCACCCUAGAAUUAAGGAGAGGACAUGAGUCUUGACAGGAGGUGUCCUUAGACUGGGGCAAAUAGUUCUAAAAGGGAGGAGAGGAAUAUGGAGGAGAAGGUGGGUAGAUUGUCUCAAGCAGAGUGGAGCCCUCGGUGGGAGGGAGGUGUUUGGUCAGGUUGUGGAGUCUGGGACUCUGGCCUUGCCCCCGUGGGAUAUCCUGAGUGUGAAGUUAGUAGUGGAUGGAAGGGAGUUGGGCAGGGAAGUUCAGGAUGGCAGCAAUCAGGUGAGAGUGAGAAGUUGGUUGGGUGCCCAACAGCCGAGCUGUUCUGUUAGCGGGCCCGCCCGGUAUCUUGGCUGCCCAGGUUUGGGAUGAGGGGAGAGGCUGUGAGUGAGUAGAAAGAAGGAGAAAUAGACGCAGAGCUGCCCCUGGUGUGGGAAGAUGAGGAGCAGCUAAUGGAGAAAAUGUGUCCAAAGCCCCGGACAUAUUCGAGGGAGGGUGGAGCAGGUAAUGGUGAAAUGGAAACCUAGAAACGGGCUUCUCCAACUUCGAAGUUCUCAGAGUUGGGGGCGCCGGGCGCGGGCGCGGCGGACAGGCUGGGGUGGGGGGCGGGCAGCUGUGUCGUCAGGAGUGGGGCGGCCCCGCUGCGGCCGCGUCUGCCUGGCCCGUCCCCUCCAGCCCAGCUCGGGCUCCAGCUCUGGCGCCGGCGCUUCAGCUGCCACCGCGAGCCCUCCCAAACAAGGCCUACCCUCUGAAAAGGUCCAAGCAUCGGAAGUACUACUACCAAGCUGCCUUUCUGGCCAUCCUUGAGAAAAACAGACAGAUGGCCAAGGAGAGGGGCCUAAUAAGCCCCAGUGAUUUUGCCCAGCUGCAAAAAUACAUGGAAUACUCCACCAAAAAGGUCAGUGAUGUCCUAAAACUCUUUGAGGAUGGCGAGAUGGCUAAAUAUGUCCAAGGAGAUGCCAUUGGGUAUGAGGGAUUCCAACAAUUCCUGAAAAUCUAUCUGGAAGUGGAUGAUGUUCCCAGUCACCUAAGCCUGGCACUGUUUCAAUCCUUUGAGACUGGUCACUGCUUAAAUGAGACAAACGUGAUAAAAGACGUGGUGUGCCUCAGUGAUGUCUCCUGCUACUUUUCCCUUCUGGAGGGUGGUCGGCCAGAAGACAAGUUAGAAUUCACCUUCAAGCUGUACGACACGGACAGAAAUGGGAUCCUGGACAGCUCAGAAGUGGAAAAAAUUAUCCUACAGAUGAUGCGAGUGGCUGAAUACCUAGAUUGGGAUGUGUCUGAGCUGAGGCCGAUUCUUCAGGAGAUGAUGAAACAGAUUGACUAUGAUGGCAGUGGCUCUGUCUCUCAAGCUGAGUGGGUCCGGGCUGGGGCCACCACGGUGCCACUGCUAGUGCUGCUGGGCCUGGAAAUGACUCUGAAGGACGAUGGACAGCACAUGUGGAGGCCCAAGAGGUUCCCCAGACCAGUCUACUGCAAUCUGUGCGAGUCCAGCAUUGGUCUCGGCAAACAGGGGCUGAGCUGUAACCUCUGUAAGUACACUGUUCACGACCAGUGUGCCAUGAAAGCUCUGCCUUGUGAAGUCAGCACCUAUGCCAAGUCUCGGAAGGACAUUGGUGUCCAAUCACAUGUGUGGGUGCGAGGAGGCUGUGCGUCCGGGCGCUGCGACCGCUGUCAGAAAAAGAUCCGAAUCUACCACAGUCUAACUGGGGUGCACUGUGUAUGGUGCCACCUAGAGAUCCACGAUGACUGCCUGCAAGCGGUGGGCCAGGAGUGUGACUGUGGGCUGCUCCGGGAUCACAUCCUGCCUCCAUCUUCCAUCUAUCCCAGUGUCCUGGCCACUGGAUCGGAUCGUAAAAAUAGCAAAACAAGCCAGAAGACCAUGGAUGAUUUGAGCACCUCUGAGGCUCUGCGGAUUGACCCUGUUCCUAACACCCACCCACUUCUUGUCUUUGUCAAUCCUAAGAGUGGCGGGAAGCAGGGGCAGAGGGUGCUCUGGAAGUUCCAGUAUAUACUAAACCCUCGACAAGUGUUCAACCUCCUAAAGGAUGGUCCUGAGAUAGGGCUCCGAUUGUUCAAGGAUGUUCCUGAUAGCCGGAUUUUGGUGUGUGGUGGAGACGGCACAGUAGGCUGGAUUCUAGAGACCAUUGACAAAGCUAACUUACCAGUUUUGCCUCCUGUUGCUGUGUUGCCCCUGGGUACUGGCAAUGAUCUGGCUCGAUGCCUAAGAUGGGGAGGAGGGUAUGAAGGACAGAAUCUGGCAAAGAUCCUCAAGGAUUUAGAGAUGAGUAAGGUGGUACAUAUGGAUCGAUGGUCCGUGGAGGUGAUACCCCAACAAACUGAAGAAAAGAGUGACCCGGUCCCCUUUCAAAUCAUCAACAACUACUUCUCCAUUGGUGUGGAUGCCUCUAUUGCUCAUCGAUUCCACAUCAUGCGAGAGAAAUAUCCUGAGAAGUUCAACAGCAGAAUGAAGAACAAGCUAUGGUACUUCGAAUUUGCCACAUCUGAAUCCAUCUUCUCAACAUGCAAAAAGCUGGAGGAAUCUUUGACAGUUGAGAUCUGUGGGAAACCGCUGGAUCUUAGCAACCUGUCCCUAGAAGGCAUCGCAGUGCUGAACAUCCCUAGCAUGCAUGGUGGCUCCAACCUCUGGGGUGAUACCAAGAGACCCCAUGGGGAUAUCUGUGGGAUCAACCAGGCCUUAGGUGUUACAGCUAAAGUCAUCACUGACCCUGAUAUCCUGAAAACCUGUGUACCAGACCUAAGUGACAAGCGACUGGAAGUAGUGGGGCUGGAGGGCGCAAUUGAGAUGGGCCAGAUCUAUACCAAGCUCAAAAAUGCUGGACGUCGGCUAGCCAAAUGCUCUGAGAUCACCUUCCACACCACAAAAACCCUUCCCAUGCAAAUUGACGGAGAACCAUGGAUGCAGACUCCCUGUACAAUCAAGAUCACCCACAAGAACCAGAUGCCCAUGCUCAUGGGCCCACCUCCCCGCUCCACCAAUUUCUUUGGCUUCUUGAGUUAAGGGGGACACCCUUGGCCUCCAAACCAGCCUUGAACCCACCUCCCUGUCCCUGGACUGGACUCCUGAAGCUCUGUACAUUGCUGCCACACACUCCUGCCAGCUCGGAGUGUUCCUUCACCCUCACAGUAUUUAUUAUCCUGCACCACCUCACUGUUCCUCAUGCGCACACAUGUACACACACCCCAAAACACAUACAUUGAAAGUGCCUCAUCUGAAUAAAAUGACUUGUGUUUUCCUAUUGGAAUCUGCUAA